AUGGAAACAGUGAUCACCGAAGGAGCAUUUUGUUUGAACAUGGGUCUCUGUGACUUCGCUUUAUUUUAUGUAGAAUUGCUUCAGCAGCAACGAUCUGCAAAGACUCUGCGUGAGCAGAUCAACGCGACACUUUCAUUGGCAAUCUUUUAUUUUGAUCAGAAUAGUUACAGUGCAGCAAUUGAUGAAUACAAGUCCCUCCUCUCACUUUAUAAGAGCAGUGCAUCUAGCGAAAAAGUCCAGUUAGCCAUAAUUCAUAGAUCCAUUGCGGAAUGCUACUUGGAAUUGGGUGACUUUAACGAGGCUAUUCAGCACUCAAGCCUCUUUCUGGAAAUUUCGAAGGAGGCGAAUGAUAUAUUGGAGCAACAAAGAGCCUUUGUUACAAUCGCGAGGUGUUUCCAAUGUCGUGCGGAUAGCAUUUUCAAUGGUGAUAUAGCGCGGAGAAGUUUGCUUGCCGCCAAACAGGCUCUAUCAAAUAGCAUAAAAAUUGUUGCACAGCUUACUGACUUAACAUCGUCCCAACUAGCGGAGAUAAAGGCAGUCUCGCUUCUCAACCUAGGUCAUGUUUUUCGUUCCUGUGGCGAUUUCGAGUCGGCUCGUUCCAAAUUCGACCAUCAAACUUUGAAGUUCUAUGCUGUGCAAGGUUGUCUAGAUAAAGAAUCCAAAACUCUCAGGCGGAACUUGGAGGAGCUUUUAGCGCAGCUCUACGUCGGGAGGGGGGAGUAUAGGACUGCGGCUAAGGUUUACCGGCAACUUUCACGAGCAGAUCCUGAAUCAGGUCUAAAUUUUAAGCACCUAUGCGGAAAAUGUCUUCAGUUGGAAACCACUACCACCAGAGCUCAGUUUAGCCCAUGCGAUGCAGUUGAGGAGAUGCAUCAACUCUCAAAGUUUUACGAACGCCUCGGGGACAUUCUUUCUACGAUGGAUCUCCAUGGACCCGCCUAUCGAUGCUACCAACAGAUGAUGCUGUGGGCUGAAGCAGCUUUCUCUAAUCAACGACAGGAUGUCUGUGGUAGUGAGUACGCGCAACGACUGGCAGCACUGGCUGAACAGGUGGAUUCUGGUCUUGUAUCAACAGCUGAGGCUUGCGCUAGUCUGGGCGCCUUCGCGAUCUGCGCUCAUUUCUAUCGCCGGGAGAUACUCUUUAAUCUUAGCUUGACUGAGUACUCACUACCGAAUACCAGUAGGCUUAGUAGUGAAGAGCUCGCUCAGAGCUGGCUAUCCCUCUCCAGAGCUCUCAUUCAAGCGCCGAAAAACACGCCUUCUGAGUUUCCUAUCUCCGAAUGCCUCAAUUUGCCGGGUUCGGAAACUCCCGAGGAGGCUCUCAAAAGUGCCUUAUCUAAGGCAAAAGCGUCUGAAAGCCUUGCUGUGGUGUCUGACUGUUUGGAUGAGUUGGUUGAAUAUUACAAGAGUUGUGGAAAAGAAGCUCAAGCAAAACUUUACCUUGAUGAGCUCGGUGUUUUGACCAGUAGCAGUAAGAGUCAGCCCUGUAGGCCGCCUUCAUCGAAUUGUCCAGCUCGUUUCCGUAGUCGGAAUAAGGGGAACGAGUCUGGAGUUGAUAUGGAUAUGGACACUCAAAGCGAAUCAAUUGACGAAGCCAUAGAAGUCCUCUCUUCCGACUCUGACGUUGAAAAGUGUGUGAAUAUUGCUAAUGGUGCUUCGGAUUUAAUAGAGUCGCCUGGAAAACGGCGUAAUAGGGCAAUCUGCUUGAAAACAAACCUCAAAGGCGAAUCUCCAUUGCAUGUUGCUGUGAUUAAUGGGAACCUUGAACACGUAUCCAAGUUGAUCGAAGUAAUGGCACAUCCAAUCAAUAUACGCGACGGCGCGGGCUGGCUUCCCAUUCACGAAGCUGCUUUCCAUGACCACGCCGAUAUUGCUCUCUAUCUCUUGGAUAAAGGGGCUGAUCUGGAUGAUACAGGUUGCCAGGAGGAUCUGUCAACACCUCUUUUUGAGGCGAUUCAUGGAGGCGGGCUCAAAACAGCCAUCACCCUUGUUAAUCGUGGGGCCAACUUGUGGCAUGUGUAUGAUUAUGUUCUGGGUUUAUCGAUUUAUCUCAUGUCUUUCAAUUUAUCGAGAAAUCGUGAAGGGGAAACGCUCUUAGACUUGCUGAACGAUUGGCAGCCGAAGAAGCGCGCUUUUGGGGGAUUGGAAUCCCAAAAGACCCUUUUUAAACAAUUAUUGGACACUGUGAAAGAGAAGUUGGGAGAUUCCUACGAGAAGUGGUGUUCGUACAGACCACCAAAAUCUACCUCAACCAUUCCUACACAGAUAUCAGAAUCAGUCAUUAUAGUUGAUGAUGAAGAGGACGAGGAAGAUGACAUUGCGAUAAUGAAUGCUGAAUCGGCACCAGCGACUAAACUGAAGAAAUCAGCCGUAUCACGCCGUCAAGUAAUCAGUUCAGACUCUGAUGAGGAAGAAAACAGGGUGCUGGCGACCAUGAGUAGAAAGAAGAUGGAAUCACGGUCUAUUAGAUCAAAGCCUUUUCAAAGUGGUCGUUUCUUCGACUCUCCACCGAAAGGAGCAUUCACCAAGCCAGACUGUAAAUCGGCUGCUAUUAACGACUAUCGCAAUGCCAUUAAAGCGGUUGGCAGUUCUGCCGUUCGUCAUGACGAGGAAAGUUUCACUGCUAGUGGCUGCGUCGGAAGUAGGAAACGAUCAACUACCUCCCUUGGCGCAGUUUUCACAAGUUUUAAUGAUAGGUGGCUUGAGGAGGAUGAGCAAGGAACGAAGCGGAAACGGAAAAAAGGAAAGGACCUUCCUUCACCUUUGCCCUCUCACGAAUCUCCGUCUCUCCACAAAACUUCAUCCACCGGUUAUGGAAUUCAAUCUUUGCGGGGAAUUUUCUUCCACUCAGUUGGAAUCUUGCGCGUCGACUCAAGCAUGGUCACCUGUGGUCUCUUCCUCCUCUCCAGCUGGGGCGUGAUCUGGUGUACUGUGAAGGUUACGUUUUCGGACAUCUCUCUUCUGUUACCAGUUGACUCGCAGUCUCGCACUGUAAAGUGGCUCGCAGAUGAAGCCUAUCGUCGUCGCCAUCUCCUCCUUGAUCAGGAAGCCUCUGCGUCUGAGGCUUGCCAUAUCCGCAUUCGCACAUCUGAUGGUGCUCUCCUUCUGCCAACAGAUCUUCUCUGUACGGUUCUUCCCGCUGCCACUGGUCCUCAUUCCACAACCCCAGAGUUGAUGGCAGAGGUCUUUAAACCAAGUAAAUCCCGUCAAGUAUUCUCUGGAGUUUCCCUGUCAGGCGAGAUUCAUUUUAACUUCUCAUUCGCUUCUGUCGUUGACCUUGAAUCCAACCAAUUUCUCUUACUGAAAGGUAACUUGCUGUCUUCGAAGGAUCUCUUACCAGAGUGUCCCUCUGACAAGCCUGCUUUACUCUCAGCCUUUGAAAAAGUUCUAACACCCCAUUUGGCUGAGCUUUCAGUGAUGGAAAAUUUCCUUACACUUGAAGGCGUCCUGGCUCUCCUCUCCUUGGGACUGAAUGAUUACAAUCCUCUCUUUUCUCAACUGAAUAAUACCGCAACCACCACGGGUGCAAGUACCAGCAAUGCUAUUGUGCCUCUGUCAGUCCUUCCCUCCUGGCUCGCUCCUGAUGGCGUUGUGCUGGUUUCUGAUGUCCCUACCAUCACCGCAGCACCACUGCUAUCACGGCUUCUUGUCCUCUGCCCGCGCCUCACAUGUCUACAGUUGGUGGGAUGUGGUGUUACUCCAGCAUUGUGGGAGCUAGCCACGAUGUCCUGUUUUGGCAACACUGAAAUACUCUCCUGCCAAUCGUCUGAAAGUCCGCCAUCCAGUUCGGCGUUCGCGAACCUCACUGAAUUGGACGUGAGUCUGAAUCCUCUCUCGUCAAGACUGAUCUCCACAGAUGAAGACUUUCUGCUGGAUUUACUUACACCCCCAGAGAAAAAGGGUCGACCAAACUUUUCAUCUCUUCGUGUUUUGCGUCUUCGUGGAGGCCUAGCAUCAGCAGUGGAGAAAUGUAUGUCUGCAGAACUCUUUAUGGGGGAAAACGUUCUGUCGGCGCAGAGUUGGAUGCUCUGUGAGACCACUUCGAGGGACAUUGAUUCAAGGCCGUCAGGGAAUGCGUUUAUUGCAUGUCUUGCACGAUUUCUUGAUUCAAUUGCUGGCAGCGCCGAGUACAACACUUACCUCACUGCUAUGCGACGGGAACGCCUGUUUGCAAAAGCCUGCCUUGAAACAGAUGCUGAUUUGACACUUGCAACGGAAGCUAUCUCUCGCAAAAUGUCGCCCGUCACUUGUGCGACUCCUCUGCAAGAACUGUCCCUUAUUACCCAGGCUCCUCUCUCUUGGCUGGAGAAUGUCCUCCCCGUGGGGAAGAAGGUUGCAAUCACUUCUGCUUUAACAUCUGCCUUAACGCAGCUUGACCUCCCCAAUGGCAUUUCCCAAUCUGCGCGCUUUCUAUCUCAUGUUGCGGUGUGUUUUGUGAAUCGCUUUGGCAAACGAGCUAGUGUUUGCUAUCGGCCACUCUGCGUCGCCUUUUCAAUCAGAUGA